UACUUUUCUGGCUACAGUUUGGCUCUACAGUCCUGCCGAGUGCUUGUCCUGGCUAUCCAUUAUAUCAGCCCCAGUUGUCAUGCUGUGUUCCUGCCCCACGCUUAUCAGAAGUUCCGGCAAGUCAUGUACCCAUAUCUUGCAGUUCCAGUGGAGUGCUUCCUUAACCUCAGCUGGCCGUUCCAGCAUCUCCUCUGUACCUGACUGGAUGCCCUGCUUGAUUCACCGAGGCUACACCACCAGCAACAAGUUCUACAAUCAAUACCCACAGGCACUCGUGUUUCUCCUCACCAUCUGUUCCACCUUCAGUGGGACCUGGGUUAGAGAUACA